AUGGCGUUCAUCCCCGAUGCGGUCAUUCCCCCAUAUAUGAACCAAACUCUACCUGUCUGGCGCGUCGACCUGUACGACACAACCAUGAUCAUUCCUAUCUCUCAGACUUGCAGGCGGCUUCGCGACGUCGCAGUGGGCUGUCCUUUCCUGUGGACGAGCGUCGCGAAUUGCCCUCGCGUACUAUCUCAGACACUUGCCCAGCGGAGCCAAGGUCUCCCCUCGAACGUUUCUUUGCCUGUAGGCAACUCCGAGGACUAUGAUCUAGUAGCCAUUGCGGAGGACCUGCCAACAAGACUUCAAGAACUUCACGUCGGCCAGCUUCCCUGCGACGACUACGAGAAGUUCGAGAUGGUCACGCAUCAUAUGUUCUCAAAUCCUCUGCCGAUGCUCGAAUCCCUUUCUGUGAAAUUUCGUGGCCGCGAAGGUCCGCUCAAUCGGGACGGGACGUACUCCUUCGCUUUGUGUCCUCCCCAGGACUGGGCCCCCAAGCUCCGACGCCUUUGUCUGUACUCAUGCGAUCUAGACUCCAAUUCCAUCAUAUCGUCGCUCACCCAUCUGGCACUCGUUGACAUACGCAUACAACUCGUGCAUGUGAGAAUCAAGUCUAUCCUGUCGGUUUGCCGCGCCCUUCAGUCCCUGCAUCUCGAUGACCUCACAGACUACGAUCAUCCAGACGGCGCACCAUCUAGGUUCUCUCUUCCGAAGCCGACUACCCUACCAGACUGUCGCCACCUCCGCAGGGUCUCUCUUCGAAGAUUGGAAAAUUAUCUGGUAUCUUUCUUCUGCUCCCUUGUGCUGGCAGAGCAGCCCGAGUUCGUGCUACAGUUGCUCGAAACCUGGCAGAACCAUAGCCACGGGCGUAGGCGGCCAUCGUAUCCCCCUUUUCCCAACGGCAUCUCGCGAUUCGCCAUCGGUCUAUAUCCUUCUCACCCAAAUGGCCCCAUCUAUCGGUUCCUAUGGGCGAUGACUGCAUGUGGUACUCGACACACUCUCCGUGCGACUGCGAAGGCUUUGCAGGACAUCGCGGGACCCGUGCUUCUCGACGCUACUGCAGCUUUCGCAGACGUGCGCGAGCUCUGGCUGUCAAACGUCUCUGCCCAGACAUCAGCCUCCCCAUCUCCCAAUCAGACUGCCCUUCUCAAGGCCGUCAUCGCAACCAUGCCCUCCCUCGAUACCGUCGUACUUGCAAACCACUUCCACGCGUCCUGGCCACUCAGUGGACGCCCUAGUCUCUCCCUGCUCCCCGACGCGCGGAGCCCCAUUCCCUGGCCCCGUAUCACAACCUUGCGCAUCGUGUAUGGGUCCGGUCCCCGCAUAUGGGAAGGGGGGGACGACGGCCACCUACGCGCGGUCUACUGCGAUUGGCUCGACCUCAAUGGCAUCCUCUACGAGCUCGCGUCGGGCGCGUACGACUACCUAGAGCACCUCGUGAUCGAGGUGCCGCACGGUGUAUACGUCGACGAUGAGGACGUCGUGCGGCUCCGCGGGUACUUCAAGACGACGCGGAUCGUGGUGGUCGACGAGACACCCACCAUGGCGCUCCCGGAGUACUGUGUCGAGCCGGCGGCGUGGCCGCGCCAUGUCGAUGAGCCGUGGCCGUACCGUAUAUGGUGA